CUGGAAUUUCCACUUAAUUGAGAUUCAUAUACAUAUAUGUAUAUAGUACUAUCAGCAUCCGAGUUAUCUUCGAUCUUUGAACGUCGCAAAAUCUUUUCUUGCAAAUUAAUUGUUGGAUGAGAAGACAAUGUUUCUUGCUCGAAUUUUCAUAUUUUGCCUCGCCUUUGUUGCUUUGGUUCAAUGCCAAAGACAAACAACCACGACAGAAGAACCUUGGAUUUGGGGCGAGCAAAAUCCUUCAAUUCCAACUACACGAUCACCUAUUAUGAGAACAACGCCAUUUCGAAGGGACCAACCUACUCCAAGAAUCUGUCCGGGAUGUCCAAGAACACCCCAAUUCAAUCCUGUUUGUGCGAGUGACAUGGCAACUUACGACAAUCCUACUGCUGUCGAUUGUGCCAAUACAUGUGGACCAAAAAUUGAAAUAUUAUUUUACGCAGCUUGUCAGCCAACAGCGUAGUAUUUAAUUAUAAUGAAGAUUAACUGUUAUUACGCAUUAUAUGGUAAAUAUUAAAAAAAAUAUUUGUAUUAAUAACAAUAACAAUUAACACAUUCAAUUAUGUACUGAUGGAUAAAUAAAUCACUGAAAUUAUUCUAUUUCAUUGUAAAAUGUUAA